GGGGCGGGGGCGGGUAGGGGCAGAAGAAGGGGAGCUUGGAGAGGGAGGGGUCCGAGACAGAGGCCCGCACGGCCAGAGCGCAGGCAGAGCAGGGCCCAGGAGUCUGCAGAACCACAUGCCCGGAGGCCCACCUGCUCGGGCUAAGUUUGGGUCCUCCGUCUUGUUCUCAUCGUCCUUGCCCGCCUUCUGCCUGAGCUUCUGGGAGCCGGCGAGGGAGCGGCCAAGACUGAGGGUCUGUGAGCGGCUUCAGACCGAAGAGGCUUUGAGGCGUGGAUUUAGGACAAGCUGGGGCAAGAAUCCAGUACGGACAGGCCCUGAGCGUGAACUGGAAUUUUCUGGUUCCCCGGGCUACGAAUCCUAGAUGCCACCGAGGGAUCGGGCUGGGAGCGCCGGGGCUGGGAGCACCGAGGAACCACUGCCGGGGACCGCGUGACGCACGUAUUUCCUAAACGAUGCGGGCGCCGGGUGCGAGCUGGGUCUCCGUGGCCUCGCUGGUGCUGUUAUGGCUGCUGGGGCUGCCGUGGACCUGGAGCGCAGCGGCGGCCCUCGGCGUCUACGUGGGCGGCGGCGGCUGGCGUUUCCUGCGCAUCGUCUGCAAGACCGCGCGGCGGGACCUCUUUGGUCUCUCCGUGCUGAUCCGCGUGCGCCUGGAGCUGCGGCGGCACCGGCGCGCCUGCCACACGGUCCCGCGCAUCUUCCAGGCAGUGGUGCAGCGGCAGCCUGAGCGCCCGGCGCUGGUGGACGCAGCCAGCGGCGCGUGCUGGACCUUUGCACAGCUGGACGCCUACUCCAACGCCGUGGCCAACCUAUUCCGCCAGCUGGGCUUUGUGCCAGGCGACGUGGUGGCCAUCUUCCUGGAGGGCAGGCCUGAGUUUGUGGGGCUGUGGCUCGGCCUGGCCAAGGCGGGCGUGGAGGCCGCGCUGCUCAAUGUGAACCUGCGGCGCGAGCCCCUGGCCUUCUGCCUGGGCACCUCGGGCGCCAAGGCCCUGGUCUUCGGAGAGGAGCUGGCAGCAGCAGUGGCCGAGGUGAGCGCACAGCUGGGGAAGAGCCUGCUCAAGUUCUGCUCUGGAGACGUGGCGCCUGAGGGCGUCUUGCCAGACACCCAGCUCCUGGAGCCGCUGCUGAGGGAGGCCUCCACCGCCCCUCUGGCACAGCCCCCCGGCAAGGGCAUGGACGAUCGACUCUUCUACAUCUACACGUCGGGGACCACGGGGCUGCCCAAGGCCGCCAUCAUCGUGCACAGCAGGUUCUACCGCAUGGCGGCCUUCAGCCACCACGCCUACAGCAUGCGGGCAGCAGACGUGCUCUACGACUGCCUGCCCCUGUACCACUCGGCAGGGAACAUCAUCGGCGUGGGCCAGUGUCUGCUGUACGGGCUCACCGUCGUCCUCCGCAAGAAGUUCUCGGCCAGCCGCUUCUGGGAUGACUGCGUCCAGUACGACUGCACGGUGGUGCAGUACAUCGGCGAGAUCUGCCGCUACCUGCUGCGGCAGCCGGUGCGCGAGGCGGAGGCCCGGCACCGCGUGCGCCUGGCCGUGGGCAAUGGGCUGCGGCCGGCCAUCUGGGAGGAGUUCGCGCAGCGCUUCGGUGUGCGCCAGAUCGGCGAGUUCUACGGGGCCACCGAGUGCAACUGCAGCAUCGCCAACAUGGACGGCAAGGUCGGCUCCUGUGGCUUCAACAGCCGCAUCCUGCCCCAUGUGUACCCCAUCCGGCUGGUGAAGGUCAAUGAGGACACCAUGGAACUCCUGCGGGAUGCCCAGGGCCUCUGCAUUCCAUGCCAGGCCGGGGAGCCUGGCCUCCUCGUGGGCCAGAUCAACCAGCAGGACCCACUGCGGCGAUUCGAUGGCUACAUCAGCGAGAGCGCCACCAGCAAGAAGAUCACCCACAGUGUCUUCCAGAAGGGCGACAGCGCCUACCUCUCAGGUGUGCAGACCCUAGGGACUGGUGUGGGGAUGGCGGGCCCCCGUCUCACUUCCCCCCUCUCCCCUCUGCCAGGUGAUGUGCUGGUGAUGGAUGAGCUGGGCUACAUGUACUUCCGGGACCGCGGUGGGGACACCUUCCGCUGGCGUGGGGAGAACGUCUCCACCACUGAAGUGGAGGGCGUACUGAGCCGCCUCCUGGGUCAAACAGAUGUGGCCGUGUAUGGGGUCGCCGUGCCAGGAGUAGAGGGCAAAGCAGGCAUGGCUGCCAUCGUGGACCCCCACGGCCAGCUGAGCCCCAACGCGCUGUACCAGGAGCUACAGAAGGUGCUGGCGCCCUACGCCCGGCCCAUCUUCCUCCGCCUCCUACCCCAAGUGGACACCACAGGCACCUUCAAGAUCCAGAAGACGCGGCUACAGCGCGAGGGCUUCGACCCCCGCCAGACCUCGGACCGCCUCUUCUUCCUGGACCUGAAGCAGGGCCACUACCUGCCCCUGGACCAGGGGGUCUACACCCACAUCUGCUCUGGCGCCUUCGCCCUCUGAUGCUUCUCCUCCACCAGCUGGACUUCUGGCCAGGUCCGGUGAGCGAGGCGUGCCUGAGCCAGACAGCCCUGCCUGGGGGCGGCCGAGCUGCACUUGGGGCCGUCCUGGGGCUGAGAAACUGGACCCGGGACCCUGGGAGGAGCCCGCAUCUCUCUGCUGCCUUCUCGCUCCUCUCCCUCAUCCCUUUGCCCUCUCAGUGCCCGCCCUGCCCGUAUUCCCUCUCCGGCGUCUGCGUGUGUCUCUCUUUUCCCUAGUUCCCGGCCUUCCUCUGUCCCCUUGUGCCCUCACCUCUUCCUCCUCCAUCUCUCCUCCUCUCUCCUCCCCCGUUCUCCUGCCAAGAACCAAGCGGACAUUUCCUGGGGCUGCAGCCUGUACAGGGCCCAGCUGCCCUUGGGGCCAUGACCGGGAGUGGGGCUCAUUGCCUCCCUCUCAGCUGUGCCUUCAUGAGCCCCACCCCAACCAGGCUGCUAGUCCCAGGACACUAGAGCCUGGUGUGAACCCCAGGUGGGCCCUCUGCCCUCCCUGCUCAACGGAGAAGUGGGUGGUCUGCAUGGCCCUUCUGGGUCCAGGACGUCUGCAGGGGACCUCCCAGUGAGCUGGAAAUCUUUCCCAGGCUGGGCCAGUUGCCUUUUGCACUUCCCAUCCCUGGUGUGGGUCUCCCCUGCUCUGCCUGCCUUUCCUGAUGCUCCAGAAGCUUCCAGAAUUGACUGUAACCACUUGGAUGUCACCCCUGCCUGGAUGUCUGAGUUCAGGUGUCUUGGAGUUCCUGCUGGAGGACCUGAAGACUGUGUGGAUGGCUGCCCACACACCACUUGCGUGUUCACCCGGCGGAGGACUCUUGGGUGUCCCCAGCCAGUGUGGCUGCUGGCGGACCCAUGGGAGUGGCAGAAGUAGGGUGGGGGAGGUCUCCUACAGGGUGGUGCUGAGAUGGCCUCUUGGGCUUCAGGGGUUCCAGCCCAUUGAAUGUCCCCACUGGCCUUGCUAGUGACAGCUCAGACCCUGUGUUGGUAGUGACAUUUCACACACCCCCGCCGGCCUUGUUGGUGGCUCCUCCCGGACACCCAUUGUUACAGCGAGCCACGCAGACUGCCCUUCUGUGUGUCCCCUGCAGCCCUGUGCGGCCCCGUGUGCAGUGGGGCCGGCCGGGAGUGCCCCUGCUGUUUCACAUGGCCUUUCCAGCACUAAGCUUUUGUUUCCUACUCGAGUAUAAGAAAUAAACCUGCAGGGCAUCAGCUGCCUGGGGGGA